AUGGAGCCAGGCAUUAGGACAAAUGAACAAUGAGAGUUUUCAGUGUCCUGGCGUCUCAUUGCAGUGAGUCUUGGGAUCCUCUGUUUACUUCUGUUGAUGAUAGUCACAGUGUUGGUGACAAAGAGCAAACGUUAUGAAGGCCAAUGGUCCUGUUGUGGAUUAAGCUGUUACUAUUUUGUCAUGGAAAAUAAAAACUGGAAGGGAUGUAAACAGACUUGCCGAAGUUACACAUCCUCCCUUUUGAAGAUAGAUGAUGAAGAUGAACUGGCCUUCGUUCAACUCCAAACUUAUAAAAAUAACUACUGGAUUGGAUUAUCAUAUGAUGAGAAGGACAGCAAAUGGAAGUGGGUUGAUAGUGGCUCGUCUCCUGGAAUUAAUUUUGCAAUAAUGAAUUUGCCUUCUGGGAGAGGACAAUGUGCAUUUUUAUCCUCAACAAGAGUAGCAGUUAUCGAUUGCAUUCAAACUUACAACUGUAUCUGUGAAAAGAGAAUUGGCCGUAGUAUUUUCUCUGCUUCAGUGCGCACUGAGAAGAAAAGGUGA